AAGCUCGCGAGGCGGCUUCGGCAGUGAGCAGUGGCCGCCUCCCGCAGCCUCGGCGCGCCCCGGGCUCCUCCUCCCGCCCCAGCGUGGCCAAGUGAGCACCGCUCCGGCCGCAGGUAGCCGGGGCGCGGGAGGUGGCGCGCGCGGGACCCAUCGCAGCGCCCGGCCGCGCUGCCAGACGGAGCUCGGAACCUCGCUGUCCCGGACGCCGGCGGUGGCCUGUACCGGCCAUGUGGGGCCCGGGGGUCACGGCCGAGGGCCUGUCGGUGGCUCCAGCAUCGCCGCCGCUGUUGCCGCUGCUGCUGCUGCUGGCACUGGCGCUGGUGGCGCCCUCGCGGGGCGGCGGGGGCUGCGCGGAGCUGGCAUGCGGCGAGCGGGAGCGCUGCUGCGACUCGGCCAACGCCACGGCCGUGCGCUGCUGCAAGCUGCCGCUCCACGCCUUCCUGGACAACGUGGGCUGGUUCGUCCGCAAGCUCUCUGGGCUGCUCAUCCUGCUGGUGCUCUUCGCCAUCGGCUACUUCCUGCAGCGCAUCAUCUGCCCCAGCCCACGCAGGUACCCGCGUGGCCAGGCGCGCCCUGGCCAGGCACGACCCGGGCCUGCCGGGGACUCCGGGCCGCCGGGGACCGCGGGGCCACCCGACGACGACGAUGAUUCGCCUGCCCUGUUGCGCGACGAGGUGGCCGCGGGCUCUCAGGACUCACUGCUGGACAGUGGGGGCGGCCGGGGCCGAGGAAGUGGCGGGCGUCUGCAUCCUUCCUGCGUUUCAGAGCACGAGCUGCGAGUGGUGUCGCCGGUCUUCCUCCAGCUGCCCAGCUACGAGGAGGUCAAGUACCUGCCCACCUAUGAGGAGUCCAUGCGGCUGCAGCAGCUCAGCCCUGCGGAGGUCGUGCUGCCCGUGUCGGUGCUGGGCCAUCCGCGAGGCGGCAGUGCCGGGGACCCCGACGGCGGCCAGGGCCGCUUUCCGCUCAUCUGAACGCUGGGAGCCUGACAGGGGUCACCCAGGCCGUACGAGGCUGGGAGUUGCGUGUGGCACGCAACAGCUGGUGUGUUGGCGGCCGCACUGACUGCCUUUGACCAUACCUAGCAUCCCCGCACAACCUGUCGCCCCGCGCCUGGGUUGGGGGUCAGUCCUCUCCCUCUCGCUCCCUGGGGAUCUUGUGUUUUUCUGUUUCUUUGGGCUCAAGGCUGGGCAGCUCGGUGGGGGCGACAGCCUUUGAACUAGCUCGCAGUUCCUUUUGGACGGUCGUCCCCGCCUUCUGCCAUGCCUCCCCUUGUGUUCACUGUAAGUGCCUGCUUCUCCAAUCCAAAAGAACGCAUAAACCUUUGAUGUGUCUAGAGACCCUCGGUUUGCUUUAUGUUUGAAAAGGAAGGAGCUCAGGUCCAUUCCCCCGCCCUCCUGCUUGGAUGGGUCCUGGUCUCCCAGGACUGGAUGGUGAAGCCAUUGGCUCUGGGCCACACCAGUGACUGCUACAUGCGGGUCUGUGGAGGCAGCCCUUGGCUGUGAUGGGAUCCCUUUCUUGAGAAGGAUUCAGAAAACCCUUUGGUGUCUUCCUUACCUAUGAAAUAGUCACGACUGAUGGCUCACAGUUAGGUGGGGAGGGAUAGCAUGAUGGAUGGUUUAGUUGCUGUCAGAUGUAGCAACUCAUUAAUCCAGAACGUAUUUGUAAUUUGGUACCAAUGAACUCUUGGGUUUUAUC